CUCCAUGUAUCUCAGGUUUCUCCUCCAAGCUUUCCUUCUUUUUUUAUGCCUUGUAUGUACCGUAAACAACAGUCAUGCUGAACAACCUGAAGCCCAACUCUCUUACAGUCACAUUGUUAAAGUCAGUUCUCUUUUGCCUCCGACUGUUUGCAACCGGAAUUCCACCAGAGUUCCAAGCAAAGCAUCUCUGGAGGUUGUAAGCAGAUAUGGUCCAUGCUCCUACAUUAAUAAGGGCAAAGCAAAAACUCUGAAUUACUCGGAAAUUCUGCUCAAAGACCGCGCCCGAGCCAAAUACAUUCAAUCCAGACUCUUCAAGCUCAAACAUUCUGGCAGUGAUGAUGACCUUUUAAAGCAAAAAGACUACUUUACGGUGGGCACCAAGCCUGAUAUAUCAGCUGGGGCAUCCAUCGAGUUCUACAUUACUGCAUCCCUGGGAACGCCAGGACAAAGGGUUAAUCUCCUUUUGGACACCGGCAGCGACAUCACUUUUACACAGUGGACGCCAUGCCUUGAUUGCUUCAAACAGAAAACCCCCUUAUUUGAUCCAUCCAAGUCCUCCUCGUUUUCUGUCGUUUCAUUCAGGUCGUAA